UUCCUAGACAAAUGAAAAUAUGGCAAAAAUGAAAACGGAAUUUAUCUAGUGACAAGGAAGUACCGUUUUACUGGCAUCACUGGUUAUUUUGUGUAGACAAUUACAAAUUGUUACCAGGAUACCGGGAAUUGGUGGCAUGGAUGCAGGUUUCUGUGGAAUCCUACUAAUAUGAUGAAUAGGAAGUUUAUGACAGAUAGCAACCUUUCGAGAUUUUCGCAAGAUGUGUGAUGAAAAUAACUACAGGACGAUAGUUGUGCUGGUGUUCUGCCUAAGUUUGAUGUUUAACUUGCUAGCCUAUCUCGCUUACGAUGCCAGUAGGACAAUGUCACCUUACCGAGAACAGGUAGUUCAGGACCAAAACAGAUACCUUCUUACCCCAAACGAUGAAGGCAGCAGACAGUCGUCAAGUGAGAACCGAUUCAAAAAUUCUUUUGCUCCGCUUGCCACAGAAAGGGCGGUUAAAAUAAGUGCUCAACAAUUCUUAAAAGCCAGGUUAAAAUCUCCCGAAGUUCAAUCAAGAAAACUUCAAGAGGAAGAUAGCUUUAAUAUUGAACAGGAUCUUCAUAACACAACCAUUGGCAAUGUCACUAAUCCUCAUAAUUAUUCUUACGUCAUCAACCAGCCUCAACUGUGCAGGGGAGAUAACUCAUUAGAUUUGAUCAUUAUUGUGUGUACGAGUGUGUCAGGAUUUUCAAAAAGACAGGCGAUUCGGAACACGUGGGGUUUGUUUUUGAAACAGCAACAGAAUGUGAGAAUGGUAUUUUUUCUUGGAGUGCAAAAUAAAGAAAAUAUUCAAAAUAAAGUUUUUGAGGAAAACCAUACAUACCAUGAUAUUGUGCAGGAAGAUUUCUGGGAUUCGUACCGAAAUCUGUCAAUCAAAUCGGUAGGAGCUCUUAAGUGGAUGAAGAAUUAUUGUAAUAUAGCAAAAUUUGGGUUAAAAGUUGAUGAUGAUAUUUUUGUGAAUAUUCCAAAUCUAAUGGAGAUGUUAUCCAAAGUGACUCACCCUCGUAUCAUUAUCGGACACUUGUUUGUUGGGGCGCGUCCUAUACAGGACAUACACUCUAAAUGGCACACAGCUAAGGAGGACUUUCCUCGAGACGUAUACCCUCCCUACGUCUCUGGUACCUGUUACGUCAUGUCCUUACAGGCAGCUAUCGACAUAUAUCAAGUGUCAUUAUAUACCAAGCUAUUUUGGUUGGAAGACAUUUAUAUCACAGGAAUAUGUGCAGAAAAGGCAAAAAUAAAACUAGCUCACGAACCGGAAUUAACGUAUAUAAAACGUGUCGCUAGUGGUUGUGCUUUUGAACAUGCCAUAACAGGACAUAAAGUAAGUUCAAAGGACAUGUACAAAAUUUACCGCGAAUUACAAGAUCCCAACUUAAAAUGUAUGAAUGGUUCAUAAAGCGGUUCAUGAUAUCAAUGUCUGGCUUCAUGUUAGCAUUUGAUAUCCAUGUCUGACUUCAUGUUUAUGUCGUUGAUAACAAUAUCUGGCUACAAGUUUGUUUCCUUGAUAUCAAUAUCUGGGUUCAUGUUUGUGUCGUUGAUUUCAAUACCUUGUAUAUGUUUGUAUCGGUUACAUCAAUACAUUGUAUGUUUGUAUCGGUUAUAUCAAUACCUUGUAUGUUUGUAUCGGUUACAUCAAUACAUUGUAUGUGUGUGUCGGUUAUAUCAAUACCUUGUAUAUGUUUGUAUCGGUUACAUCAAUACAUUGUAUGUUUGUGUCGUUGAUAUCAAUACCUUGUAUAUGUUUGUAUCGGUUAUAUCAAUACAUUGUAUGUUUGUGUCGGUUAUAUCAAUACAUUGUAUAUGUUUGUAUCGGUUAUAUCAAUACCUGGUAUAUGUUUGUAUCGGUUAUAUCAAUACAUUGUAUGUUUGUAUCGGUUAUAUCAAUACCUUGUAUAUGUUUGUAUCGGUUAUAUCAAUACCUUGUAUAUGUUUGUAUCGGUUAUAUCAAUACAUUGUAUAUGUUUG